CUGGACCCCUGGUGCAGUGUAAUAAAGCCAUGACCCAGGCUAGCUGUGAGAAAUGCACCACAGGAGCCCAACUGAAGACAUUUUCUUAAAGGACCAAAAAACAUCCCAAACCAGAGGUAACUAAGGAACCAUAGUGAAUACAUGUAAUGAGGUACCCUGGGCCUGACCUUGGAACACAUAGAAGACACUAGUGAGAACAGUACACCCAGAGCUAGGGAGGUAACUCAGUCGCUAAGAGCACGUGUUGCUUUUUUAGAGGAAAAGGACCUGGGUUUGGCUCCCAGCACCCAAAGGAUGGCUCACAUCCACGCAUAACUCCAGUUCCAGGAGAUCCAAGGCCUUCUGACCUCCGUGGACACCAGGCAUGCAUGUGGUAGGCAGAACACUUACACACAUAAAUCUAAAAAUAAAAGACCCUGUCAGAGUCCUGGCUGUCCUAGCUAGGUUCUGGGAUGGAGGGGUAUAUUUGGCUUAUAGGAAGCCAAGACGGGAACUGCAGGCAAGAGCUUGAAACAGAAGCCACAGCGGGUGCUCUACUGGAUUACUUAGCAUGAAUUUAUAUACAACCGGGACCAUCUGUUCAGGGGUUGCACCCACCACAAUGGGCUGGGGCUUCCUUAAUUAUCAAGAAAAUGGCCCCACAGAGUGGCCUAUGGGGAACCUUCUGUCUGGAGUUUCCCUCUUCCUAGAUGACUCCAGCUGUGUCAAGUUCACAAAAAACUAACCAGCACACCAGAGAGCUCUAACCAGCACACCGGAGAGCGCUAACCAGCACACCGGAGAGCGCUAACCAGCACACUGGAGAACACUAACCAGCACACUGGAGAGCACUAACCAGCACACUGGAGAGCACAGCGCUAACCAGCACACCAGAGAGCACUAACAGCACACCGGAGAGCACUAACCAGCACACCGGAGAGCACUAACCAGCACACCGGAGAGCACUAACCAGCACACCAGAGAGCACUAACCAGCACACCGGAGAGCACUAACCAGCACACCGGAGAGCACUAACCAGCAUACCAGAGAGCUCUAACCAGCACACCAGAGAGCUCUAACCAGCACACCGGAGAGCAGAGCACUAACCAGCACACCGGAGAGCACUAACCAGCACACCGGAGAGCACUAACCAGCACACCGGAGAGCACUAACCAGCACACCGGAGAGCACUAACCAGCACACCAGAGAGCACUAACCAGCACACCAGAGAGCUCUAACCAGCACACCGGAGAGCAGAGCACUAACCAGCACACCGGAGAGCACUAACCAGCACACUGGAGAGCACUAACCAGCACACUGGAGAGCAGAGCGCUAACCAGCAUACCGGAGAGCACUAACCAGCACACCGGAGAGCUCUAACCAGCACACCGGAGAGCACUAACCAGCACACUGGAGAGCAGAGCACUAACCAGCACACUGGAGAGCACUUACCAGCACACCGGAGAGCACUAACCAGCACACCAGAGAGCACUAACCAGCACACCAGAGAGCACUAACCAGCACACCGGAGAGCAGAGCACUAACCAGCACACCGGAGAGCACUAACCAGCACACCGGAGAGCACUAACCAGCACAUCGGAGAGCACUAACCAGCACACCGGAGAGCACUAACCAGCACACCGGAGAGCACUAACCAGCACACCAGAGAGCACUAACCAGCACACCAGAGAGCACUAACCAGCACUGCCAUUUUCUCCCUAGAGGGCACAAAUGCAGAGCUGUAAGGUAAUGGUAGGGUGUAAGGGUCCAUCAUUCACUGGAGAAUGGUACCCUGGACUUAAAUAGUACGUAAAAGAGUGUUCUAUGCUGCAGGAGUCCAGCAUGCUGGGGUCUCCCAUUACCAAGAUAGAGACACCCGCCUGAGCUGGGUUUAAAGCAGGUUAGGGGAAUUCCAGGGUAGGUGACUUAAUCUUGCUCUGUCUCUUAGGGACAUUCCAAAACCAUUUUGGGGCACUGGGGCUGGAAUCUGUUGCUGACCCAUUCAUUGUUCUUGCUUCAAGCCAGGUGGUGAGGCAGGUUCUGAUUAGGCCUAAUCUCUUGAAGCCUAUCAGAGAGUCAGCCUGUCUCUUCAAGGGAAGGUGGGUGAGUGUGUAGGAACUCUGCACUGACUCUGUGACUUUUCUGUAAAGUUUAAAACAUAAGUAAAAUUGUUCACAUUUAUUAAGCCCUCAUAUGCAAAGAAGAAUGGACGCCACCAGUACAAUCAGUCCUUAGAGAGUGAAUCACAGGAGCACCCAUCUUUCCAAAGUUAGGCAUUUAAUCACCACUGAAUGGUACAGAACACUGAGUAGAUCCAGACCAGCCAGAGCAGAAUAGAUUUCUAUGAGUUCAAGGCCAACCUGGUCUACACAGCGACCUCCAGGUCAGCAGAGGUUAAAUAGUUGAGACCCUGUCCGAAAAUAAAACAUGUUACAUUUCUGCUUUGCUCCAGUGAAAACUUCCUGUUUGUGUAAUGUUGCAGAGGUUGAACAAAUAAAUAAAAGUACACGAAACAAAAGAUAAAAUACAGAAAUUUCUUUCCUCUAAGCUUCGUUAGGAGUUAUUCACGCAUAAAGCUCGGUGAACCGAUUCCUCCUUAGGGAGUGGCUAAGCCAGCUGUCAAGGAUUCCUCCCAGAGCAGGAGACAGGUCCAGCCUGGGAAACUGCCUGGUCUUUUUGUGCUUCCUGCAGACCAGGGCAGCUGAAGGAAUAGGUGUUCCCAUCUUCCAGAAACUCUGCUGGACGCUUGCUGCCCUCUUAAGGAAACCCCCCAGAAUUUGUUUGAGGGUUUUUGUCCCCCAGCCUAGUGACUCAGCCACUGGUUAGAGGUGGGCAGAUGCCAGCCUGUAAGCUGCCUUCUUCCUGGAUUUAGAGGGCACAUGACACUGCAGUAGAUUGUCUAGAUUUCAGCUCCCAACGUCCCACUGAAAUAUGCACUCUCCUAGUCCGGCUUAGUGCUGCCGGUAGGUCUGGUUACUCCAGUUUCAUCACAAAGUCAUUCUUGUUUGGUUCCUUUGUUGCAGUGGUGGGCAUUGAACCCAGGGCCUUGUGCGUGCUAGGCAAGCACCGUGCUGCUCAGCUAUGCCCCUGCAUCUUUCUUUACCAUUUUUUCACACAUGUAUACAUUCUCUUACUGUAUACAAGCCUCACUUAUUACACAAGCCUGCCACUCCCCGAACUAUACUCAUUCAGGAUGGCUCAGUUCCUUUGGGUCAGGAUCUAUCGCGGUGUUGUGGAGUUGCUUGUGGAGUGAUGCCGCGGGCCUCAGAAAACCUUGUCUGCGGGGACUGUCUGGGUGACCAGGGUUUUUAUCCCUAGGGGCUGUGCUGUGUUUGCUUCAUAAUGGAGAGUGGGCAGUUCCUAUUAAACCCUCCUCAGGAGACAGUACACCCAGCGGCCAUAUCUGGGGAUAGAGGACUUUAUCAUAUGUCCAACUCCAAAGAGCUUUAACACUGCCCCGAUCCAUAUGGAUUAUGGAAACAAGGUAUAGACCUAUCCUGACAUAAGCAUUGUGAAGUGUAGUGAUUCGGAGAGGUUUGCGUACAUCUGACACAGCUGACCUUCUCAGCCUUUUUACUUCCUUUUAACUUGAAAUCGACUAGAAAAAAAUAAUAACCCAAAAACCUAGCUCUUCAAUCUCUCUCUCUCUCUUCUUUUUCUUUUUUUCUUGCCUUUUUUUCCCUUGAAGGGUAGUGCCAAGGAUUGGACCCAGGUGUGUUCUAAGUGCUAAACACGCCCCGACAGUGUGCUGUGCCCUGAGGCUUCUCAGAAUUUGUUUCAUGUAUAAUAAAGUCAUCCCAUGGGCAAACACAAGUCUGCCCCCAGAAAGAAGGCUUGUUUUGUCAUGGAAGCUACAAAUUCAGGAACUUUCUCACUCAGUACAGGAGGCGCUCUAUUAUUGUGCUGAAUCCAAGAGCCUGCCGGAACUGAUGUUCCCCAGCCCCUUUUCUGACAACCACAGAGCAUGUGGCUUUUUCUUGGGGUUGUGUGUAUACUCAGGAGCACUGUCAAGCUAUGAAAGAUAAGUUGUAACCUUAUGAGAAGUUAAACAAUCAAGUUUGGAUACAUUAAAAACAAAAGAAGUAGAGGAGGAAGAGGAGGAGGAGGAAGAGAAGGAAGAGGUGGUGGAGAAGGAAGAGGAAGAGAGGGGAAGAAAAGAAGAAGAAAGAAGGAGGAAAAGGAAGAGGAGGAGGAGGAAGAGGAGGAGGAGGAGAAGGAGAAGGAGAAGGAGAAGGAGAAGAAGAAGAAGAAGAAGAAGAAGAAGAAGAAGAAGAAGAAGAAGAAGAAGAAGAAGAAGAAGAAGAAGAAGAAGAAGAAGAAGCUGCCUCAAACGAUGCUCCGUUGUCAGAAUAUGGGCUGCCACACUGGGAGAGAUGAGGACACUUCUUUGCAAUUAAGUGUUUGUCUGCUGGUAUAAAAAGACCCUGAGUUCCAUUUGCAGAACAGAGGGGAAACACAAGCAAAUCAGAAAGCAAAAAAGAAAGAAAGAAAGAAAGAAAGAAAAAAAGAAAGAAAGAAAGAAAGAAAGAAAGAGAGAGGGGGGGAAGGAGGGAAGGGGAGGGAGGGAGGAAGAAGGAAGGAAGGAAGGAAGGAAGGAAGGAAGGAAGGAAGGAAGGAAGGAAGGAAGGAAGGAAAAUUGCAAAGCAACCUGGUGGCGCUGUGUGCUAUUCACAGUGUGGCCACAGUGUGGCGCCACUCUAGCAGGUAGAACGAAAUAAUAGCCACACGUCAGCGAGGGCAGCACAGCUGGCUUGAGAUGUCUUGGAAGUUCUUGGGCUGCAGAAUACUUUGGGGGUUAUAAUCAAUUUUGCAGACAGAUUGGCUGAGAUAAAGUAAUCUGAGAAACAAGGCACUGCAAUAGUGUUUGAUAUUAGCCCAAGAGCAAGCGCCAAAGAUGACACCUGUCCCAGAAUUUCAUUCUUUGCUUUCAACGAUUAGGUCAGACUGAACCCUCCCGCCUCCCAUGAAAAUAUAGCCAUCCCCCAUUCCCACCCUCUUUAGCUUUGGCUUCCAUGUCUGACCAUUCUACCUACUGGGAAUCAAAGAUAUUUGGGGAGAAAAAGUCUAGGACUGGAAAAUGGGUCAGUAGUUAAAAGUGCUUGCUGCUGGGUUGGGGAUUUAGCUCAGUGGUAGAGGGCCCUGGGUUUGGUCCACAGCUCUGGAAAAAAAAGUGCUUGCUGCUUGGAAGAGAUAAAGGAGCACACUUUUAGUCCCAGCUCUUGGGAGGCAGAGGCAGACAGAGCUCUGUGAGUUUGAGGCCAGCCUGGUCUACAGAGCUGGGGCAAUGGGAGAAAAAAAAAGUCCUUGCUGCUCAACUAUGAGGUUAGCCCACACAUAGCAGGCUGUAAUAGUGUCAGAACCUAGGAAACAAAUGGAUGUGAAUCACUGUGGUAACCUCAGGGUUGUCAGAAGAAGAGACGGGGGAUCGAUAGGAUUUCCUGGACCCCAAUACGCUGAGAAAUGAGCUCCAAGUUCAGGAAUUGGUCUUACUUCAUAAUCUUGAAAGGAUUUAAAGUAGGCCAUGCAAAGAGCUGCCAGAUAUAAAACUGCUUUUGAUUACUUACACUGCCUAAUACAAUGUAAACAUUGUGUAAAUGGUCACUACACUGUAUCCUUCAGGAAACAAUGCCAAGGGGGAAACACAUGCAUGUUCAGUGUAGACACAUUUUUAAAAAAGAUUUCUUUAUUACAUAUACAGUGUUCUGCCUGCAUAGAUUCCAGCACUCCAGAAGAGAGCACUGGAUCUAAUGGAUCUGAUUACAGAUGGUUGUGAGCCACCUUGUAGUUGCUGGGAAUUGAACUCAGGACCUCUGGGAAAGCAGCCAGUGCUCUUAAACUCUGAGCCAUCUCCCCAGCCACUUAAGACACAGUUUUUAAAGAGGUAUUUGUUCUCUGUUCCUGUGCCUGCACAUGCAUCUACUGUGCAUGUCACCGCACAAUGCACCUAUAGUUGUCAGAGGACAACUUGCAAGAGUUGGUUCCUUCCCCUGUGUGGGUCCCAAGGAAUCAAAUACAGGCAUGUCAACAGGUGCCUGAUCCUGUGUGUGUGUGUGUGUGUGUGUGUGUGUGUGUGUGUGUGUGUGUGUGUCUGUAUGUCUGUGUCUCUGUGUGUGUAUGUCUGUGUCUCUGUGUGUGUAUGUCUGUGUGUGUAUGUCUGUGUCUCUGUGUGUGUAUAUGUCUGUGUGUGUUUGUAUGUCUGUGUCUCUGUGUGUAUAUGUCUGUGUGUGUCUGUGUGUGCUGUGUCUGUGUGUAUGUCUAUGUGUGUGUAUGUCUGUCUGUGUGUGUGUCUGUGUCUCUGUGUGUAUAUAUGUCUGUGUGUGUAUGUAUGUCUGUGUGUGUCUGUGUGUGCUGUGUCUGUGUGUAUGUCUAUGUGUGUGUAUGUCUGUCUGUGUGUGUGUCUGUGUCUCUGUGUGUAUAUAUGUCUGUGUGUGUAUGUAUGUCUGUGUGUGUGUGUCUGUGUGUGUGUAUGUCUGUGUCUCUGUGUUUGUCUGUGUGUGUAUAUGUCUGUGUCUCUGUGUGUGUAUAUGUCUGUCUGUGUGUGUCUGUGUGUGUCUGUGUGUGUCUGUGUCUGUGUGUAUGUCUAUGUGUGUGUAUGUCUGUGUGUGUGUCUGUGUGUGUCUAUGUGUGUCUGUGUCUCUGUGUGUGUAUAUGUCUAUGUGUGUGUGUGUGUGUCCUCAAAUCAGUCUUCCCAGGAUGUCAAGAGGUGCUACUUAUAAAGUGUCUCAUGCUGUACAAUAUGCGCGGUGUGCUUUGAACAAGAUCCGGUUGACAUGGGAGUCACUUUCUUCCUUUAAGCCAAGGCGCAUCCACUCUAGGCCUGAAGAACUGACAGGUGUUCAGCAGAAGCGACAGGUGACUGCUAUGAGGGUGGACAGCCCGCCUUUCUCGAUAAGGUGCUCUUGCCCUUUUGUGAAUGAUGAGAGUGCUGUGCAGGUCUGAAUGCUUUAAAAUCGGAGAGAUGAAAAGGGUCACACCUUUUCUCCAGAUAGAAUGUCCCAAUCCUGAGGUUAACAAGGCAGUGGUAUAUCAAUCAGCAGAGCUCUCCAUCAGUGGCCCACACCCAGGAUUCUCUUACAUUGAGUCAGCAGCCUUCACAUUCACGGAACAGUGAGCGGUUGGUGGAGUCAGCGCAGAGAAGGGAACCUCUCACCCCCACAGUAAAAACCAACGUUUCCUAAAUCCUUGGGAAACCCAGCUGAUAUUUAUCAGAAAACAAAAGCAAAAAGCAAAACCUGCCAAUGAGGAAAGCGGAGCCCAGGCCCGGGGUGGUUUGCCCAGUUGGAUCGAGUCAUUCUGAAAGGAAGGUGGCCACGUUCCUGAUUAGGUGGAAAGGGAAAAUGCAAUUGAUUCUCAUAAUUAUGAGAGAAUUACACAGCUAGGGCGUUUCCACAUCCCCAUUACAUCUGUUAUCAUAAUUUAUUCCCGGGCACUCUGCUGCUUUGAAUGAUCUUUUAUGACAGCACUUCCCCCAGUAGUUAAUGUUUAGUACAUGUCUGGCCCUCCUGCUGCUUUUAUGACCUUCUUGGGGGCAGAGACCAUGCAUCCAUAAAGCCCCAGCACUUGGCAUGGUAUUCGUUAAGACUUGUCUCACAAUCCACAGAAACCCACUGGAUGCAACUGAAGCAGAAAGAGUGCUUUGUUCUGCAGAGCCCCAGGGUAGGGGUGCAGCUAUGUCUUGGGCGCCCAGGAACCAGGUCCCACAAUUAUUCCUAUCUUUCGUCUUCCUCAUUAACACCUCACUGUUUCUCUUCAUUCGACUGAAAAGCUGGCUGGCAGGAUCUGCCUAACCAACGACCCAACUUGUCCAGCCGUGCAAGCAGAGCCUCAAUCACUCUCUAGAUCCCAACCUUCCCAAUUCUCCAGGGUCCGAGUCUCUGAUUGGUCCAGCCUCGGUGAGGUGUUCACUUCUAGUCCAAUCAACUGUGGCCAGAGGGGUGCGGUCCAAUGGUAGGACCGAGGUUGUUCCUAUGGUAACCAUGUGCGGUGGGGGUGGGGAAGUGCAGGAAAUCAGGCAGUUCCCAGAAAAGGGGAGAGGGCAGGGCUGCUGAACAAUAGGGGGCCACGUUCUGGUAAAUUCUUGGUGUUCCGUAACUGCUCACUGAGCUGUUUUUCUUUGAACACAGUAGGUCCCUAAACGCUGCUGAGUCGUUCUGGCCGGGUAAUCUGACUCUCAGUAACCUGCAUUCCCUUGGCCUGGGAAUUCUCUCCUGCUCUCAACCUCCGGCCUUCUAAGAGGUCUCCUCUGACCCGGGCGGGCAGCAUGGGCUACCAAAUGAAGACUUACACACACACACACACACACACACCAGACAGAAGCACACACCCCUAAAAAGCAAACAACAAAAAGCCCACAACAUCACCUUGUAGUUUCUCCUUUUUAUUACCUUCCUCCCAGAUCCUAGUGUCAACAACAGCCCCACAACCUCUGUAGAGUAGGGUGGAGGAGGAAUUAAUGCCCUAUUGAUUAAUCGUUUGACCCAUGGGAGAUGGGAGACAUUCCGAUCCAUGAAGCGAAAUGUUCCCCUUCGAAGGGUCCUAGAAGUCCAGGCAUAUUCUCUCUCUCUCUCUCUCUCUCUCUCUCUCUCUCUCUCUCUCUCUCUCUCUCUCUCUCUCUCUCUCUCCUAUUUUUAUACACUGUAGCUAUCUUCAGACACACAAGAAGAGAAUAUUGGACCCCAUUACAAAUGGUUGUGAGCCACCAUGUGGUCGCUGGAAUUUGAACUCAAUCAGUGCUCUCAAACGCUGAGCCAUCGCUCCAGCCCCAGACAUCCUCUCAUUGAAGGGGCUGCUUGUCAACUCGCCUCCCUUGCUUGCCCUCUGCCCCUACUCUCUGGUGUAGCUCUUCCUUAUGAAGGAGGAGCCAAACAGGGCUUUGCUUCUAGUUCUCCUUCCUGGGGAGCCAGGGGGGUCCUACGAAAAAUCACUCGUCAUAAAAGACACAACCCUUAAGCAGUGAUCAGGAGCUGGAAAGGCUCAAUGGGUAGAAAAGUCAAUGAGUAAACACAAAGCUUGUGAGUCUGAGGCCAACGCCCAAGAUCGUUGGUCCUCUGAUCUCCACAAGAGUGCCUCGGUGUGCAUAGGACCUCCCCUCUCUCCAGUGAUGGCAGCUUCCCCAUCUGUCCAUCUUUGGGUCCUCCUCUCCACAUUGAUUCUUCGUUUAUAUUUUCCUUAAACAGAGGCAAGCUUGUCUCCGGUUUCAGCUUGUUCUUUUUUUUUUUUAAGACUUAUUUAUUUUUAUAUUUAUGUGUAUAUUUUUAUUUAUGUACAUGGUUGUUUUGCCUGUUUGUAUGUCUGUACACCACAUAUACCGGCAGUGCCUACAGAGACCAGGAGAAGACAUUGGAUUCUUCAGCGACUGGCACUGGAGAUGGUUGUGGUCUGCCCUGUGGGUGCUGGGAAUAAAGAACAGUCAGUGUUCUUACUGCCGAGCUGUCUCUCUCGUCCCUUGUUUUGUUAUUCUUUUUUUUUCUUUUUCUUUUUCUUUUUUUUUUUUUUUUCGGAGCUGGGGACCGAACCCAGGGCUUUGCACUUGCUAGGCAAGUGCUCUACCACUGAGCUAAAUCCCCAACCCCUGUUAUUAUUUUAUUUUAAUUACUCUGUAGUCCUAGAUGGUCUCAAACUCACAGGGAUGCUCCUGCCUCAGAAUCCCAAGUGCAGGGAUCACGGGUGUGAGACACAAUAGUAAGUUUCCACUUUGUCCUUAAGUGCAAAUAAUGCCCCUUUCCAGGCUGGAGAGGUGGCUCAGUGGUUAAGAGCACUGACUGCUUGUUCUUCAAGUUUUUGUCCUUUUAGGUUUCCCGGUGCUGCCGGCACUCGGAGUGCAUCUUCCCUAUUCUGCCUUCUGCCUUUCUGGAAACGCCCUCCCAGGUGUGUUUCCAUGGUGAUUUUAAAUCCCAUCAGGUAGAAGAUGAAGAGUAACUAUCACAGUGCCUGAGGCUAGAGCUGGCCUAGGCUACUCUCUGUGAGCAAGGUCCUGGCAUUUCUUACUCUGUAGCCUGGGCAAGGACCUCAUCUGUCACUAGGUUCUCAAACAGGGAGCAAGCAACUCCAUGAUUCAGCAGCCAGGGGCCACACAGAGACACUGUCUGUGGGGUCCUCACUCAUCACAGGCUGUCAUCCAUGUGGCACCUAGCCCUUUUCCCCCAGGGAGAUAUGCAGGGAUAUUGGUAAGACCACACCGGAGGAAGUCACCAACUAAAGGAGCGGCAGGAUUUUCCCAGAGGUCUCGGGCCAGCAGCUCCCCUGUGGGCCGUCUGCCAGCUCUUUGGCUCCACUCUCCCAACCUUUCUGAUCUCCCGCUCUUGCCUCUCCUCUGAUGUUUCCUUAUUUUCCCCACACUGCCACAGCAUUUAUCCGUGAGUUGCCAGCUGGUAAGCGUUCAUAUUUCUCUCUCUCUCUCUCUCUCUCUCUCUCUUCCAAGAACAGGGUUUCUCUGUGUAGCCCUGGCUGUCCUGGAACUCACUUUGUAGACUGGUUUGGCCUGGAACUCACAGAGAUCCGCCUGUCUCUGCCUCCCACGUGCCCCCACCAGCAGCUCUCAUUUUCUUAUGCCCGAGAAGAUCUGACACUCCAAGAUCUGAUGCUCACAGAAAACAGUGUAAAGGAAACAUUGUAAGGGGGUUGGGGAUUUAGCUCAGUGGUAGAGCACUUGCCUAGCAAGCGCAAGGCCCUGGGUUCGGUCCCCAGCUCCGAAAAAAAAGAAAAAAAAAAAAAAAAAGAAAGAAAACAUUGUAAAGUGUUCGUGGGUUUUACAGUGGUCAGUGCUGGCUGUCAACUUACUAUAAAUCACUGAGGAAGAAGGAAGGAUUUUUUUUUACAGUGACAGACAUUUAUCAUCAGGAACAUGUAAGUUUACAGACUAUCUAAUGUUUUAUUUAAGCACAGCUAUAAUAUAAAUUUUCUUUUCAAUAUUAGAGAUGAUUGUAGCAAAUGUGUAACCACGUAUAAAAAUCACUGGUUCAGUCAGAUAAUUGAAGUGGAAAUGUCAACUUUGUGACAUUCUUUUUUUUUUCCAUCUUUAUUAACUUGAGUAUUUCUUAUUUACAUUUUGAUUGUUAUUCCCUUUCUGGGUUUCCGGGCCAACAUCCCCCUAACCCCCUCCCCUCCCCUUCUCUAUGGGUGUUCCCCUCCCCAUCCUCCCCCCAUUUCUGCCCUCACCCCAACAAUCAUGUUCACUGGGGGUUCAGUCUUGGCAGGACCAAGGGCUUCCCCUUCCACUGGUGCUCUUACUAGGCUAUUCAUUGCUACCUAUGAGGUUGGAGCCCAGGGUAAGAAAGAAGUAUUAAUGAGGGAUUGUCCACACUACCCUGGCCUGUAGGUAUGUCUAUGGGAGAUUGUCUUAUUGAGUGAUCUGGGGAGACCCAUCCAACUGUAGGUGGCACCAUUCCCUAGGCCAUGUGCAGAAGUGGAGGUCUGUCCUGAAUUGUAUGAGUGAAGAAACUGAACUGAGCCAACAAGAGAGCAUGCAUUCACUUCUCUCUGCUCUUGAUUAUGGAUGUACUACGACGGAUUGUGUACUACGACGGGCUGUAUGGAGUUCCUGCCUUGAUUUCCCCACAGGGAUAACCUAUAGCCUGGAACUGUAAGCUGAAAUAAACUCCUUCCUCCCUGCAGUUGCUUACUGUCAGGGUAUUUUUAUCACAGCAACGUAAGUGAAGCCAGGAAGGACUUUCUGGUUGCUGAUUCAGACCCGAAGGCCAAGACCCUCUGAACAGCAGAUCUGAAGACAGCAACCCAUGAAAGACAUUUUGAGGACCUUUAUGUAAGUCUGGGUGUAACCGAGGGGGCUGGGUUGCAUAGAGGAGGGGGUGUUGCUGUUGUAGGUAGGACUGCCUCUGCUGUACGAACACAUGCCAUCCUCAGGCAUGACUAAUUGCUUAGCGUGAAAUUCUGUAAUGUCUGUGCUUGCCUUUUCAAGUUCAUUCGUUUGUUUCCGAGACAGGGCUUCACUAUGUAGUCCUGGCUAGCUUGGAAUUUGCUACAUAAACCAGUCCUCCAAGUCACAGAGAUCCGCCUGCCUCUGUGUUCCAAGUGCUGGGAUUAAAGGCAUGCACCACCAUGUCUAUCUGUCUACACUUUAAAACACUUCAAUGAUAGGCUAGGUCAUGUGGUGUGGCACAAACUUGUAAACUCAGCACCAAGAAUCUGAGGCAGGUGAAUGGUGAUCUGAGGCCAAUCUCAUCACAAGAGAUCAAGAGGAAAAGAAAGAGAGGCAGAGGGCGUGAAGGUCAGAGGAUAACCUGUGGGAAUUGGUUCUCUCUAUCCUGACAAGUCUGGGUUUUGAACUCAUGUCUUCAGGCUUGGCAGCAAGUGUCUUUACCAACUGUGCUUCUCUCAAGGGCUUUGGUCUUGUUUUUUAUUUCCUCAACCUUGGCUACCAUCUUGCUAUAUAUAACAGCUUCUUGUUCCCUAGUCAUAGCUGACUGAGCCUCUGAACCAAGCAGGACCAAUGGGCUUCCUCUAGGGAAUUUGAAACUGGGACAGAAAGAGGCUAGGCUGCAGCCAGGUAUCUUUCUUGUCAGGAGACACGAAAACCUAGCAAAUGUAAGCAAGAGGGAUUCUUUGCUCCUCAACCCAGGCCCAGAUGCCAAUCGGCUACAACAGGAGACAGAGCAGACCCAGAACAAUGCAAAUCAAGAGGAAGAGACUGAGAUAGCCUAGGUUGCAGAAGUGUCCCAGUCUACCUCCAGGCAGACCGAGACUUCCAUUAUUCUCCAGUCUCAGACCUCAAAACGCACCUCUAUAUGCUUUUAUAAUAAACAGGGUGUGAGCACUCAUGCACGGAGGCAGGCCCAGGCUAGCAAAUAGAGUCCGUUAUGCAUAGCUACAUGGCAUUGGUGGGUGGCAGUCAGCUAGCUACAGGGUGAGCAUACACUACUGGGAAGCUCUAUGGAGCAGGGACCCCUCCUGGGACAGCAUUUCCCAGCAUUGCCCCCUCCAUCCCCAGCCCAGGCCACUUCCUGGAGAAUCCCAUAAGUUACAGCCCAGACCUUCUAAGUAGAUCGGCUGCUGAGCGAAUGCCUAUGUGCCUGGAGUGCUGAUGAGCUGAAGAAGCCUUUCAUAAUGCUGGCUGCAAGCCAGUUUGAUGCCUGUUCUCAGUGCCAAGAGGACAUCCUAAACCAGCCCAGAGUCCUGAGGUUCUGGGUCUCAGCCGUAGGUGGGCAUGGACUCACCCAGGCCAUAAAGACCAAGGUCCUUGGGGCUGAAGUCCACACUGCAGGAUAGGUGUCCCUCGUCCUCCUGAUACAUCUCCUUUGGUUCCUAACAGUUCCAUCCCCCACACCCUGACCUGCUCAGCUGUCCCACCCUCUACACGGUGUAUGAGGCUUUUUUUUUUUUUAAAUCAGGGAAGAUGGUGGACCUUCCCCCUGGAACCUGGUCAGUUUCAUUUCAGGAUUCUCUGAAGCGUCCCUUACCCACUUCCCACUUUGACCACUCUGUCCAUGAACCCGACACACCAUUGCCUUAGAACUAGAGCAUUUGUGUCACCAUGUCUGCUGUGUUUUUAAAAAGAUAAAGAGAAGGGGGUAUGUUCUAUGGAGGUGUGGUGAGGUAUGAGGAAAGGGGGUGCCUCAGCGGACCCAUGCUGAGACGUCCCUUCCCUCGAGAGACCAGGAGGUAUAGUAUAGGAUAGAGUUUAUUCAGGGCAUGGGGAGGGGAGUUAAGAGGAUAGUAGGGGCAGAGAGAGAGAGAGAGAGAGAGAGAGAGAGAGAGAGAGAGAGAAGUAGAGGAGUAGAGGUCGGCCAUGAGCAUGUGGAGAGAAGAGGGGAAGGGAAUGGGGAGAGAGGGGACAAAGAGGAGCAAGAGAGUGAGGAGAGGGCAAGCAGCCCCUUUUAUAGUGUCAGGCAUACCUGGCUGUUGCUAGGUAACUGUGGGGGUGGAGCUUAGACAGAAUUCUAACAAUGUCCCUCUUUAAAUCUUCACUCUGCUGGGGGUUCCUCAGGGGAUGCCUGCACUGCCACAUCUCUGGGCAUCGGAUGACUGAAGGAUGACAAGAUGUGUCCCCAACCGCAAGUGCUUAUCGUGAGAUCAGGGUGGAGCUGCUGGCUAAGCAUAAAGGUGUGUCACCCAGGAUGGCAUUGACGUUGUUAAAGGAAGAUGCUGCCCACAGACAGGCCUGGCACCAGCAGAAAACGGACACCGGGGAUAGCGAUGGAUGAUGUAUUCCCAGCACUGGGGUUACAGGUAGAGAACCUGCAGGCCAAGGGCAAUGCCAAGAACUCGAAGAGUUCUUGCCAACAUCUCCAGUCUGUCCCACACAUGGGGUCGCCACAGUCCUGCCUCCUCUGGAAGUCGAUUCUCCGAUGUGGCAGUGAGAAGCUGGAUCCUGUUGCUUCCGGCCGUCUCACUCACUCAUCCCCCUUGUCUGAGCCAACCCUCAUCUCACAGUUCACUGGUACUCCAGCUGGUCCUCAGCCAACCACCCAGUGAUGUAGGAAGAGCCCGGAGGAGCGGCAUAGGGCGAGCCUCACGCGCCUGCUCGUCAACACAUCUUGUACACUCUGGGCCCCAGAACCAGCUCCUGGAAGAAGCGUUUGUACUGCAUCCCUGGAUCCCUGAUUGGGUUUGUCUCCUUUCAGAGAGAGAGCCCCAAAGAAGCAGUACUGCAUCCCUGGAUCCCUGAUUGGGUUUGUCUCCUUUCAGAGAGAGAGCCCCAAAGAAGCACCUGGGCAGUCGGUUAUGAACAGCAGUGCUGACUUUGGGGCAGCACCAACCCCACUGCAAGGGCCCUUAAACUUACUUGGUGGCUCCUUAAAAGCCAACUUUCCACCCAACCCUCCUGACGAUACCCUCUAGUUUAACAAUAGCCCGUGUUUCCUGUCUUGAAUCGGCUGACUCCAGGACCCAAGUCUUAUGUGAGAGUCUUCACAGUCCUCCCUCUGUUCAAUCAUGGGACAUCUUCCAGGACCCAUGGAAUACAUAUGAAAAGGUACUUAUGUAUAGAAUAUGCACAGACAGGAGCACAUACAGAAGACACGGAGCUCAAGUCCACAGACCAAAAAACAACCCUAAUGAAUCUUUCUUUUAAAAAUAGGCUAAAAAGGGGGGGGGGCGGCUGGAGAGAUGGCUCAGCAGUUAAGAGCACUGAUUGCUCUUCCAGAGGUCCUGAGUUCAAUUCCCAUCAACCACAUGGUGGCUCACAACCAUCUGUAAUGGGUUCUGAUGCCCUCUCUUCUGGUGUGUCCGCAGCGCACUCAUACAUAAAACUUUAAAGAAAAUAGAAAAAUUUAAAAAUGGAUUUACUCUUUUGUAUUUUUAGACAUCUGCUAUUUUUAAAACACACAGCCUCUCUCCCUCCUCUCUCCUCCCUCCUCCCUCCUCUCUUGUUCUCUCCCAACCCUCUCCCCGAUCCCUCGAUCUCUCCCUCUUGCUCUUUCACAUCCUAAGUAGAACCCAGCUUUCCCCGACACCUUUUCCUGGAGGGGCCUUUGACUACUGCUUUUCUCUGAGAUAGGAUCUCACUAUGUGGUUCAUGCUGGCUUCUUAACUUGUGAGCCUCCAGGGUUGGCCUCCUGAGCACUGGCCGUGCAUGUAUCAGCCAUUUAAAAAAAAUUAACAUCGAGGUUGGGGAUUUAGCUCAGUGGUAGAGUGCUUGCCUAGCAAGCGCAAGGCCCUGGGUUCGGUCCCCAGCUCCGAAAAAAAGAAAAAAAAAAACAAAAAAAAAAAACAAACAUCUUACCUCAUAUCCUAUAUUUUAGAAAAGAUUAAAUUCUGUUUAUUUUACUAUGCGUGUGUGUGUGUGUGUGUGUGUGUGUGUGUGUGUGUGUGUGUGUGUGUGUGUACACUGACGUAGAGGUUAGGGAACAAUGAGGUUAGGGAAGUUGGUUCUUUCUUUCCACCAUGUGGGACUCAGGAAUUCAACUCCAGUCACCAUUUUAUUUAUUUUUAAACUGUUGUCCACUGACUGGUGAGCUCACUGGCCAGCUGGAGUGGAAUCCACGUAUCCCCACCUUCCAGUGUUGGAACUACACUGGCUUUUCUGUGGUCUGGGGAUCAGAACUCUGGUCCCUUUGCUUGUGCUGCAAGCACUUUACCAGUGGCCCCAUCUCCCACACCCAUCUCCUCCUGUAUCUUUGCACCCAUCCUUGCUGUCGGGGGAGCCCUUCUCUGGCAGGCCCUCAGCUCCCUGCUUUCUUCAGCUUGUGAUCCCCUGGCCCCUGCUUCUUAGCUUUCCUGUCAGAGUCACUGAAUAUUCUUUCUUCAAAACACUCUGCAAAACCCCUCAACUUCACCAGCAUGAAAUGCAUUCCCGGCCAACAAAAGCCGCCCAGGCCCACACUUCAAAAACCACGAGGAUGAAGAAGAAUCCACUUUGACUGAAUAUCUAUUUCUACAUAUAAUUAUUCUGCCAGCUGUCUACACCGGUACCCAGAGUUACGGCAAUGUCACAGGUGGGCUGACAGGUAAUCAAAUUCCAUAGAGAGGUUAUAGCUUACAUCUAUACACUUUAUAGCUAUACAUUUAUAGCUCUUCUUAAUGCCCCUAGGCACAAGAUGUCUCCCACCUCCCCAACCUCAGAGUCCCAUGGAGCUCAGUGCUUAUUUACCUGCUGCCCCCUCCCCCGACCAUUAGCUUCUUGAACUUGAGGAAAGAUGUCAUCUUUCUUGUUUGCCUUUCCAGAGUGUGAACUGGGACCCGCAGUGCUAAAUGAGCGCUCAUGGACCCUGCAAAGGGGUGCCCAUGACUUGGGGAACGGUUGAGUAUCCCUCCCUCUUCCUUACAACAGCAAACAACUCUCGUUCCCUCCGUGUGCGCGACUCUUGAAUUCUCUCAGUGAGUAUAAAAUUCUUCAUAAUCAAUGAUAAAACUGAGGUGGGCUCUGCCAAUGUGAGCAAACUUCUUAUCGACAAAACUGACCUUCUGAGACUUUCUAGAGGGACAAAAGCAGGUUGGUUUUAUUCCUUAUAUUUUUAACUCUCUUGUGCACCGCAGGACGUUUGGUGACUUAACAUCAGGUAUACUCUGUAAUUAAUGGCUAGCCUAUGCAGAUUUCCAGGAUGCCCACUAGGUAGCGCUGUUGCACUGGGGGAAAAACAGUAAGGUCUUGGCACUAUAUCCCCCCCCAACACUCCCCCCUCCACCCACGCACUUUCCACCCACUACUCUCCGUAUCUAACACUUUUUUAUUUGUGUGCUGCCUGCUUCUGUACCUCCAAUGUGAGCUGCGGGAGGUGGAGCGGGAGGCGCACCCCAAUGCCUAGAACAAUGCCGGGGGCAGGGGGCACUAAAUGAAGGAGAGGCUGCCUCAGUUAAUUCCUUAAGAACUCGGUGUAGAAAGGGUUCAGACUCAACUCUAGGAGACCCCAGAUUUGGCAGACAAGGUGACCCACAUUCAGUCCUUUUUAAAAUUCACCCCCCCCCUUGGGGCUGGGGAUUUAGCUCAGUGGUUAGAGCGCUUGCCUAGGAAGCGCAAGGCCCUGGGUUCGGUCCCCAGCUCCGAAAAAAAAGAACCAAAAAAAAAAAAAAAAAAAAAAAAUUCACCCCCUGGUGGGGGGAAGCUGGGAAAUGUAGAGUGCCUGCCAUUCUCCAGGCCCUGGGUUUUACUCUUGGGAUUAUGAAAACUGGGCGCGGUGACACAUACCUAUAAUUCUAGUAUACGCCCCCGGGGGGGGGGGGAGGAGAGUAGGAAGUUCAGGGUUAUCCUCUGAGGCCUAGGGAAUUUGAAGUCCGCUCGGGAUAUGUGAGACCCUGUCUCAAAAAUAAAACCCACCCAUUAGCUUUGUACGCUGAGGUCCUUUUCUUUUUUCUUCUAACUUUGAGUGUUGACGUUUCCCAACAGGCUGACCUGACCUCAGCUGCCUCUUUGUUCACGCCAUAUUUUAGCUCGGCUGUGGUAAUAGUUACUGGCAUUUGCACCGACACACACAUUCCGAUGAGUGGUCCCACUUUUUCCUCAGGAAACCCCUGCAGUCUAGCAUUCAUCAUGUUCCAUUUACACUUGGAGGGAGCCAAGACUGGGGUCACACACUCAGGUGCAAUGCCUGAGGCAUUCGCUGUCCACCAGCAGAGACCAAGACCAUGCGCGCCCUUUGGUUAUGCUGUGGGUACCAGGCCUGCAUUCAGUAUAUUAGUUCUGCCUCCGUGUUGCUGUGUGGCUUUGAGAAGUCACUUACCCGCAGUCCCUUUGCUGGUGAAGCAUGAGAGCUACUCAGAGAUGUAGUUGGACUGCAGGCCACGAACACUGCAAAUCCACCCCACUAGGAGAGAACUGGGGUCUGCCGUGGGUCAGCCAGAUGUGCCCAGGUGUGCUCACGGUAUAUCCAGGAGAGCUGAGAGUGAGCUUGGGGACAACAUCAAGGCAGAAAUGUCUUUUUUUUUUUAAAGAUUUAUUUAUUUACUUAAUGUAUAUAAGCACACUGUAGCUGUCUUCAGACACACCCAACCCCAUUACAGAUGGUUGUGAGCCACCAUGUGGUUGCUGGGAUUUGAACUCAGGACCUCUGGAAGAGCAGUCGGUGCUCUUAACCACUGAGCCAUCUCCCCAGCCCCCAAGGCAGAAAUGUCUUAUUCCAAUCUUUAGAGAGAAGGCUGGAGGUGGAGGCCGUAGGAAGGGUGCACAGAACAGGAGCUUGUGGUCACGGCCCCUGACUGGCUAGAUUCCAGGUCGCUGACCACACCUUGGCUGUCGCACUCCUCACAGUGCCCUCAGCCUCCAGUUAGAAGUGUAAAGAUCUGGUGCCACCCUGAAGGAACCAACCAGGGGUGGGGCGCAAAGGUAGAAAGAACUUUCUAGAAGCCAAGGAAGUAGGCUCAGAACGGGCUGUCCUGGUAGUGACAAGAGCUGGGCCGUCAAGUCAGGAAAGUAGCCCAGGGGCUUUAGUAAAGUCUUUAAAGUCCUUUUGGUCAACAAGAUGUGGAGCAGAUGGUCCUAGACAUUCCUGAGCAGGCUGCCUGCGUGUUUCUUAAGGGUAAGAGGCCUUCUCUUCUGACCGGCCCUUCCGAGUCCCUGAGUGGCUUUCGUAAGGACAGCAAGGAAGACAAUUCUGUGAUUUAUUUCUCCAACUGUACUGGGGCCAGGCCUGCCUGGAUAUUUCUGUCUCUCCCCAAAAGAAAACAAAACUUUACUCACUAAUGUAAGCAGGCAAUAUCUUUACCCAGUAAAACAAACAGGCCAAUUCCUCUAAACCGUGCCCGGCAUUCCUAAUAUGGCAACUCGGACUGUUCCCUGAGACACAGUAGACAUGGCCAUCCCACUCCCAAGAGAGGAAAGGGGACGGAUCCCAGGUGGCACAUGAAGGUCACACUCAAGCUAAGAGGCGUCAGAGGUUGGAUGGGGGGUCUUCAAGACCAGAAUUGCCAGGAACAGUGCGCGAGGACCAGUUCAUCUGAAUCUCCUACCCUUAGUGACGUUUCUUUCUUUCUUUUUUUUUUUUUCUUUUCUUUUUUUCAGAGCUGGGGACCGAACCCAGGGCUUUGCGCUCGCUAGGCAAGCGCUCUACCACUGAGCUAAAUUCCCAACCCCUUAGUGACGUUUCUAAUGUGAGUAUCUCUCGUUGGGGAUAUACUCAAGCUUAAAAAUUAUUCCUUGCUUAUCAGAGUUCAGAUAUAACCGGUCCUCUUGUACGUUCAUUUGCAACCAUCUGGGCUGCGUAUAAAUAUGGCCAGAGACCUAGAAUAGCUGGUGUCUUCACAGGGACCUGAGCACCACAGAGGGUGGGGUUGGUACCCCUGGGCAACUGAAGCGGUUAAUGAUUCUUGCUGAAUAAGCUUGGCCACUCAGGAAGUCAGCGUCACUUUGAGCCUUCAGAGAAUACCUGUGACUUGGAAUUUGACCGUGUAAUCCAUGAAGGAGGAGCUAUUUUCAAGAAUGGAGUCAUAGGUAACCUACACCAGGUCAAGGUGCCCAACCCACACUAUCCAGAAUAAUCACACACGCUCACAGAGCUAUGCUGUGCUGCAAACGAUUGCUCAGCUCACAUGAUUCCAGCCCAUGGAAAUAACAGGAGUCAGCCAGGUGCUCAGUAUGCUGGGACAAGAGAAGUAAGACGAUGGCCUCAUUCACUGAAUUAAUUGAGCAGGUUAAAUACUAGGCACCUGAUCACCCAGUUCUCCCAGAGUCUAGACCACCAACCAAGGAGUGUACCUGGAGGGACCCAUUGCUAGAUAGGCAGCAGAGGAUGGCCUUGCCUGACAGCCUUGGGAGGGGAGGCCCUUGGUCCUGGGGAGGCUCGAUGCCCCAGAGUAGGGGGAUGCUGGAGCAGGAGAGUGUGGGUGGGUAGGGGAGCACCUUCAUACAGGCAUAGGGGACGGGGGGGGGGCGGGGGGAGGAUGGAUGUGGGAUGGGGAGCUGGUGGAGGGGUAACUGGGAAGUGGGAUAUCAUUUGAGAUGUAAACGAAUGGAAUGAGUAAUUUAAAAAGAAGAAAAAAGAAAAAACACUAGGUAUCCAUUAAAGCUAAUGAUUAUUAAGGUUGUUGUGCCACAGGAGACGUGCAAGGAACAGUAACAAGAAGAGAGAAAGCAGGAUAUAAGAUUAAAGACACAUCGUCUACUUAACAGAAAAGCCACAGAAGGAACCCUGUUAACUGUAAUCACAUUGGGUAAGUUUCACUUUCCGAGUCCCACAUUUGCAAGAAUCCUUUAAUGAAUGCGUUGUCCCUGUCAACAUUCAAAACAGAAGAAGUGCUGUCUACACAGCUCAGUGGUAAAAAUGUGUGCCUAGCAUACCUGAGGCCCUGGAGUCACUCUCCAGCACACACACACACACACACACACACACACACACACACACACACACACACACACACACACUGAACAGCUUCCAGAAUCUUCCUUCCCUUCUAGCAGGAUGGAAUCCUGAAUCUACUUACAGCUCUCUCCCAGAUGCCUACCUUGCUGUUCCUGCCACUGAACCGAAGUAAGAUUUCAUAAGGCCCUCUUAGCUACCAGGUCCUGCAAACAAGAGCAGUUGAGAUAGGAAGUUGAGACACACACACAGGCCUGACUUCAAGGGUAACUUGGGCCACAGCGCUUCACCGUUAACCCUCAUAAUUGUUCUUAAUGCACAAGAUGUCUUCCACCACCCCAAUCUCAGGGUCCCAUGGAGCUCAGUGUGCCUUUGCCUGAUUCCCACCCACCCCCACCCCUGGACCAUUAGCUUCUGGAGAUGACACCCUCCUUCUCUGCCUCUCCAGAGUGUGAAAUGGGCUCCACGGUGCUAAGUCAGCACUCUUUGGACCCUGGAAAGGCGUGCCCAUAACUUGGGGGUUAAGUAUCUCUCCCUUCAUUUGACAUUUGGUUUUUUAAGUCAGCUGCUUGCCUGACUCUGGUAGGACCCAGACUCCAGGGCGGGAAACUAGCAUAUGCUGUGUCUAUGACAAAGGUAAGCCCUGAGGCCUCGUUCUGUUGUAAAUGUGUCCUAGUUUUAUAAAUCCAGACACUCAGAACAUUUGUAUUGCUGGAAUCAAUUUCACCCACCAAAGAUCUUGGACAUUCAACUAGUUGGCUAUUAUUUGUUAUUAUUAUUAUUAUUUUUAUUUUGUUUUAGUCAAUCAAUCAAGUACAGAUAUGGAUACAUGCAUGCCACAAUAUGUGUGUGGAGGUCGGAGAACAACUUGAAGGUCGGUUCUCUCUUUCCACGGUGUGGAUCUCAGGGGUCUGACUGUGAUUGUCACAAGGUUGUCAGGCUUGGUAGCAAGCCUGCAUCCUUAGCCUCUGAGUCAUCUUGCUGGCCCCCGAUCGACUCUAUACAUCUAUCUUUGUUCAAAUUUAGUAGUGUUUGUCAUCCCACUGAUGUGUGAGAGAGGAAGGUCGAGAAUGAACAGUGGAACCGUUUUCAGCAGGGAUGGCAGGCCUGUUCUGAGGAGGUGGGGAUGGCCAGAGAUUCUAGGCCCUGCCAGUCACCCUGGCCUCUUCCCUUAUGGCUGAAAAUCAGCACGAGAGAGGACCUAAAGGAAGAGCUGAUUGAACAAGCUCGGCACCGGCACCGUGCGUGUUGGGGUCUCUUUCAGGAUCUUCCUUACUAGGGCUGAUGGUAACACUUUUGGUUUCCACCCCCAACCAUUUAAAUAUGUAAAACAUUCUUAACUUGAAGGCUGCAGGAAAGCCAUAGACAGCAGGGGAAGUUUGUGCCAACAGUGGAGAGACAAAGGGUUUGCUUGAGCUCAGUUCUGUCAGGCAUACAAGAGUCCCAACAGAAGGAGCUUGCAGCAUCCGGUCACGUCACACCUGCAGCCAGGAAGUGGAGGGAGGCGUUGGUGGUGGGUGCCUCUCUUGAAUUUCCUUUAUUUUUUUUUUCCCAAUUUGCUUUGGCCCAUGGAGAUUUCUUCCUUUCUUUCCUUUCUAUUUAGCUCAUGGAGAUUUCCCUUUUUUUCUUCCUUCCUUCCUUCCUGCUUUCUUAUGGAUUUGCCUUUUUUCUUUCUUCCUUUCUUUCAUUGUUUUUUCUUUUGUUUUAUCAAGACAGGGUUUGACUGUUCUGGAACUCUCAGUAGACCAGGCUGGCCUCAAAAUCACAGAGGUCCACCCACCUCUGCCUCCUAAAUGCUGGGGAUUAAAGGGUGUGCCGCCACCUCUCUGAUUCUUUUCUUUCUUCCUUUUUAAUAAUUUCGAGCAUAUCACACGCCCUCCCAACUUCUCCAUCCCCUGCUUAUGUCCUUUUUAUAGUUGGUCUACUAAAUGCAGUUUUUCUGCUCUUUUUUUAAAAGAUUUAUUUAUUAUAUAUAAGUACACUGUAGCUGUCUUCAGACACACCAGAAGGGGGCAUCAGAUCCCAUUACAGAUGGUUGCGAGCCACCAUGUGGUUGCUGGGAUUUGAACUCGGGACCUCUGGAAGAGCAGUCAGUGCUCCUAACCACUGAGCCAUCUCUCCAGCCCCCUUGUCUUUCUUUUUAUAUUCAGUGUUUGGAAACUUCUCUCUUCUUCUCUUCUCUUCUCUCUCUCUCUCUCUCUCUCUCUCUCUCUCUCUCUCUC